AUGCCUGCCAACACUACUAUCCUCUAUCCCAAACUUGCGGGUGAUGCCUGGUUCGACCUGAAUUAUUACAUUUCGAAGCAUAUGGCCCUCGUCACAGAUACAUGGGCUCCUUUCGGUCUUUUGAGCUGGCAGGUUCUCAAGUUUGUCGCUGACGAUGGACAAGAUCUAGAGUAUUCCAUUGGCGCGUUCUGUACUUGGGAGAGUCUUGAAGGGGCCAAGGAAGCGAUUUCGGCACCCCAGUCAAAAAUUGUUUUUGAGGACAUCGCCAACUUUUCAAACGUCAAGCCCCUGCACAUGAUGGCAAUGAUUGAGGGAGGCAGCCCAGUCGGCCAAUAA